AUGUCCGAAGGAAAUACACUGUUCCACCACGAAUCCUGGCUGGAACCAUGGUCCUCCCCGGACUUCCCUCGCAACGAAUCCUGCAUAGAGCGACAAAGACGGUUUAAAAACAAGCCGUGGUGGAAAAACAUCACGGAGCAAAGUCAGAUGCAAGAGCUUAUCGUGCGAUAUGCGUUUGAUGCGCGCUUUUGGCCAUGGGGGUUUAUGAUCUAUCGGACCACGUACUCCUCGAAAAAGGAUUGGCCUGCUGCACUCGACAAGCUCAACCGAUACUUUGAUAUAUUUUCUCCCGAUAAUGUCGACGACGCAAGCCGGAUAGUCAAAGAAGGACACCGCGAUAUUGUUAUCGAGGAUCCAGCUCUCGACGGUGUCUCACUAGAGUCGAUUCUAGCUAGUGGAGACCCAGAGCUACCUAGUACCAUACGCCCUACAGGGUACGUGAACGUACUUGACAUGAGCCAUAAUCCAGAGGACUCCGGGUACGAUGAGGGGCCGUUUUAUAACGGCUGCAUGCGACUUGACUUGACUGGGCUAUUCAAUCUGGCCUAUUACUGUGAAGCCAAGCCUCUUUGUGAGCUCUACAACUAUGUUGACGAUCCGGAUCUGGUGCCUUAUACGGAUGGGUAUGGUUGCUACAACGCACCUAAGAGCAUUCUUGUACAUCGGCGGAUUCUUAAAGCGGGAGGCUAUGAACUUGAACCAUGGUAG